GGGGAGGGGCGGGGCUUGCCGGCUCGGGUUCCGCGCGUCCUCCUUUUUGCACACACACGAAUACAAAGAGCCAUACGACCUUCGGAUGCCCAUGGGCCCUUUUGUGUCCCCUCUCUGUUCCUGAGCUUGGAGUGGUAGGGGAUUCCAUGUUUGAGGGCAGGAAGAAUGCCUUCCACCCUCUGAAACUGUGUUCCCCGGGAAGACCUUUGUAGGCCCCACCCUUUGGGGAAGGGGUGAGCGCGACCCCACAGGUGCUGAGCGAGGGGAGCACAGGAUCUGCGCGGAGAAGGCCCCUCUCCUCUGCAGGCCCAGGGGAGGCCGCCAUGGACUGCGUGCUCCGUCACAGAACCCACCGCCAGGUGCCCAGGCUCCUCUGACCACGCUCCAUGAGGACGGAAGGUGAAUCUCAAGAGGCCAGCACUUCCUGCAGUCCAGACGACUGGGGACACUUUGGGAGCAGCCCAGGAGCUUGAGCGCGGUGGUUCGCGCCUCCGCCACCAUGUCCUUCAGCGCCACCAUCCUCUUCUCCCCUCCCAGUGGCAGCGAGGCCAGGUGCUGCUGCUGUGCCUGUAAGGGCGAGACUAGUGGGGGCAGCACAGGCUCUCAGGGCGGGAACCCUCCUCCUGCCAGCACCCCGAUCACGGUGACUGGACACGGCCUGGCCGUCCAGAGCUCAGAGCAGCUCCUGCAUAUCAUCUACCAGAGGGUGGAUAAGGCAGUGGGUCUGGCUGAGGCUGCGCUGGGUCUCGCCCGGGCCAACAACGAGCUGUUAAAACGUCUCCAGGAGGAAGUGGGUGAACUGAGGCAAGGGAAAGUGUCAGCGCCAGACGAAGAUGGGGAGAGCCGGGCCCACGGUUCCUCGCCCGAGGAGCCCGGGACUCUCAAGGAGAGCCCCGGGGAGGCCUGCAGGGCCGUGGCGGCCGUGGAGGAGGAGUGUGACAGCGUGGGCAGCGGCGUGCAGGUGGUGAUCGAGGAGCUGCGGCAGCUGGGAGCAGCCUCGGCUGGGGGGCCCGGGCCCUUGGGCUUCCCUGCCGCUCAGAGAGACGUGCGGCUCCCGGGAUGCGCCCUGGCCGCCGGCGAGGGGCCCGCGAUGCUCAACCCUCUGGUGGAUGAUUACGUGGCCUCUGAGGGUGCAGUACAGCGGGUGCUGGUCCCUGCUUAUGCCAAGCAGCUUUCGCCAGCCACACAACUGGCUAUCCAGCGGGCAACCUCAGAGACAGGGCUGGAAAAUGGAACCAAAUUGCCACCACCCCGCCCAGAGGACGUGCUCAGUGCUGCUGCUGCACUGGAAGGUGCCUUGGAAGAGCCAGGCCCUGGGGGCCCUGGGGAGCUGAGACAGUCUCUCGGGUUUACUGCUUCCCCAUGCAGGACCAGAGGGAGUGGGCAGAAGAACUCCAGGCGCAAGCGGGAUCUGGUCCUCUCUAAAUUGGUCCACAAUGUGCAUAACCACAUCACCAAUGACAAGAGAUUCAAUGGGUCUGAAAGCAUCAAGUCCUCUUGGAAUAUUUCAGUAGUGAAGUUCCUUCUGGAAAAGCUCAGGCAGGAGCUGGUAACCAGCCCCCACAAUUACACUGAUAAGGAGCUGAAAGGAGCCUGUGUAGCCUACUUCCUGACUAAGAGGCGUGAGUACCGCAACUCCCUGAACCCCUUUAAAGGCCUGAAGGAAAAAGAGGAGAAGAAACUUCGAAGUCGCAGAUACCGGCUUUUCGCCAACCGAUCCAGCAUCAUGAGGCAUUUCGGCCCCGAGGACCAACGUCUGUGGAAGGAUGUGACGGAGGAGCUGAUGUCAGAUGAAGAGGACAGUCUUAAUGAGCCAGGGGUCUGGGUGGCCCGGCCUCCCCGUUUCCGGGCCCAGCGCCUCACACAGCUCUGCUACCACCUGGAUGCCAACUCUAAGCAUGGCACUAAAGCCAACCGUGUGUAUGGGCCUCCCUCAGAUCGCUUACCUUCCGCUGAGGCCCAGCUCCUUCCACCAGAACUGUACAAUCCUAAUUUCCAAGAAGAGGAGGAUGAGGGAGGGGAUGAGAAUGGACCCAUCUCCCCAUCUUUUGAUGCACCCCACAAAACCUGCUGUCCUGACUUGAACUCGUUCAUUGAAAUCAAGGUGGAAAAGGAUGAGUGACAGGUAUAACCAAGAAUAACUCUGCCAUCCGCCACUCUCCAUGUCCCCGAAAUGGGUGGCCACGGGGCUCCCCAGAAUAACAAGAUGUCUUCUGCAGCCUGUGAGAGCAAAUCUGCCUCUCUUCUUAACACAGUCUCCACUGGAAGUGGAAGUUGACAGCUCUGGUGGGAUAAACAGACUGAUCUAGAAGGGGGGAAACUCUCCUCAUCAUGAAGGGCAAGCCAGAAAAUGAUUAUUCCUAAGCAUAAACAGUGCCUCAGAGGAGCCCAGGAUGAGAGGAGGAGGAUGGGUCAAAGAAACAGGAGGCCUUCUUGACACA